CGGUUAACAGUCCACCUGCUCUUCAUCCUCCCACAAACAAAACCCUCUAAAAUUUCGCAAUCAUUUCGAUUCAAUCGAUUGAAUCCUUGCCCAGUAUCGAGUUUGAUUUUACAAAUUCGAGCUUUCAACCAUAUUAGAGUUGACAUUUGUGUUCAAGAAUCUGGCUCCGAUCGUUGAACUAUUGCAACACCCGAAGAUUGAUCACUCCUUCGACUUUGCUCGUUGGAUACAUCCUCAAGGGUGCUCGUAGAAGCUUACGGGGAAUGGCGUCCAAGAGCUCUGGUGAUGAAAGCCUUCGACUUUGCGUGUUUGAUUUGAGGAGAGGCCAAACCGAAGGGCAGGAGCUAGACAAGAUUUUGUUCUUUCAUCCUGCUGACUUAGACUUCUCCACGCAGUUAUCAGUUAUCGGCCUCAGUGAAGGUCUUAUUACUUUCACUAGACUUUUCUCUCCGGAGGCAGCUUGUGAGUUAAUAGAAGCAGAAAGACAUUCGCAUGUUUUCUACGAGGCUGAACCUGAUAUCUGGAUGGUGAUGGUUGUGGAGAAAAAUAGGGAGACGGGAGCAAUAUGGAGGAUUGAUGCGCUGAGGAGGGUGCUUAAGGAAGUGCACUCACUCUUCGUGAUGUUUCACGGGUCAAUUAGAGCAUUAAUCGAAAAAGAACCAACAGGAGGGCUCACCCGAUCUCAGUUGUAUCCGUUCGUUACAGAUUAUUUAAGCACAUUUCAAAAGCGGCCUCGCUUGGAAGACUGCUGGUGUGAUCUUUUUGUUGGAAAGAAACUUCAGCUACCAACUUUCCGUGAAACUUUGAGAGAGCGUGGAACUGUUCAAAUGCUAACUUUAGCAAGGGACACAGCACUUGAAGUUCAGUCUCUUGUUCAAGUACUAGAAUCAUGUGCUGGGAGCUUACGAUCCCACUCUAUGAUCUUAUUUCAAGAUCUGUUGGUUUCAUCAACUCUCUCAUCUGAUGAUACUGUCAACUUAUUUACAUUUGCUGUAAUGAGGUUGACCUCAAGCGCUUUAUCACCUGGCGAGAGUACCUGGUCAUAUCUACGUAAGGGGGCUGGUUCAUCGGAAAUAUCUUCUAAAUCUUUUUCGGCGCCCCUUGGUUCAAUUGACUCGCUACAUUCAGGAAAUGGUAAUAACAUGCAUCAUGUGAUUAGGCCACUACAAAAUGAUAAGUGGACAAAAGGGAAAGAUGGUUUUCUUAUAACUGAUAUUUGGGGUCUAGAGACUGGCGGUUCAACUGAUUCUGCCAUCCCUACAGUCUGGCUUCAGCAGACACAGGAAAGAGUGUAUCUCCUUGCUUAUCAGUAUAAAAGUCUCACCUUACUUCUUCUCAUGCCUACAACUGCCAUUGUCAAUGGAGAUUUAAGCGUCUCGGCCGUGAAACAGCAAUUUAUUGAAGAUGCAUCACUGCGAAUUUUGAAAGUUGAAGAGAAGAUUUCAAGAGGGUGGGGCGGCGAGAAUGCUUACCAUGUUAAGGGUUACCGUUACUUGGUAGUUGAUAAUGACAUGGAAGUUUCCAGAGCUUCUCCUCUAGGAAAAGUAACAACACUUGCAAAGGAGUCAUUACUUGCUCUAAACCAGCUCAGAGGAGAAGUGGAUUUAGAAAAAAGCCGUGCGAAAAGGCAGGAGAAAGACAUGGAAAUAUGCAUCAGAGCUAAGAACAACGCGUGGGUGAUCGCACGCGUGACCAGGGGUAAAGAGCUUUACAUGGCUUUGGAGAAAGCCAGCGACACUCUUCUUGAUACCACAGACGCUGUUGGAAAAUUCAGCAACAGGUAUUGCAGCGGAGCGUUCUUGAUGGACUAAGAUUCGUCUUUGUUCUUCUGGUUUUGUGAAGCGGUUUCUUCUAGUUUCAAGUAGGAAGUAAAAAGCUCAGAAGACGUUAUGAACUCUUCUCUCUCAGCCAUGAAUUUUGUUAUUGGGAAAUUGCUGAAGGGAAAAGGAUUGUUCUUGGUGGCAUGUAUACUUGUAACAAUGAUUCCAAGUUUGAUCAGUGCAAAAGAAAUCAUUCUUUUUGUGGAGAUGGUAGCCUGAGUUUAUUAUUGCAAGAUCCGGCCGGUUGAAGCCAGUCCAGGAUAGUUAGGCAUAUAUCGAAAUCUGUUGUCAGUUCAAUUCGCUUGGGCUGGAUAUAUCCAAAACUUAAGUACAACACUACAAGAU